AUGGAGUGGAAGCCUGCUCAGCUUGACGUCUCCUACCCUCCAGAUCUUGUCCUAACAAACAAUCUGGACGUGGAUCCUGAUUUCGCAGACAACUUCGCUCGUUGCGCCAGGUGGUGUGCAGAUGGAUCCAGCUUCCUCGUCCAGUGCGAAAACAGAGCAUUUCAGCUGUUUAGCACACAGUUCUCCGCUCAGCAUAAGCGUACAUUCUCACAGCCCUCAGCGGUCGUCAAUUUUGCUUGGUAUCCAGGGGCAUCAUCUAACAAUGCUCCAGCUUACUGUUUCGUCGCUUCUGUGCGUGACUGUCCACUGAAGCUUUUGGACGCUUCGGAUGGAAGGCUGAGGGCCUCGUACCCGAUUAUCGAUCAUCGUGAGAGGUUCAUCGCUCCUCAUAGUCUCGCGUUCAACUUAACAGCCGACAAGCUCUACUGCGGUUUCGAGGAUGCCAUCGAGAUAUUCGACAUACAACAACCUGGGGAGGGCGAUCGGCUCCCGACCACGCCUUCCAAGAAGAGCAAGGAUGGCCUCAAAGGUAUCAUAUCCAGCAUAGCUUUCUCCUCCUCUUAUGACUACUACGCAAUCGGCAGCCUAACACCUUCCUUACAAGCAAUGGAUAAUAUUGCGCUGUAUUCGGAGUCAAAUCAAGCAGCUAUCAUGCCUAUCGGAGGCGCAUAUUCUCAAUCCGGAAGCUUAUCUCAUUCCCCACAGCUGAAGUUUAACCCGACAAAACCGCAUAUUUUGUAUGCUGCAUUUCGUCGACACGAUGCUAUAUAUGCAUGGGACCUUCGCAGCGAUACGUCUGUACCCGUGAAAGUUUUCAGGACGUCCCCUGAUUCUUGCAAAACCUUAACCAAUCAAAAAAUCGAAUUCGACAUAGAUUGCGCUGGGAGAUGGUUAAGCGUCGGUGAUCAGAAUGGAUACGUGGUUGGCUGCGUGGCAUUUCAGCCCUUACAUUCUAAUCUUCUGUCAGCAUCAGGCUCACGCCAUUUUGAUGAGGACAUGGGGGAGGGUGAUUCUAAUAGUUCCGACGGGGAUUCAACAGACCAAGAGUCGGAUUCUGAGAGCCAAAAUGUGAUCGCAGUGUCAAGGCACCGACCACUUCCAUAUGUCAAAGACUCUUCUUUGAAGCUGUGGUCAUUCGACCCCACGCGGAUCGUACAUCAUGCCUGA